AUGGGCCCCUGUACCGCCUCCUCAUGCUGCUGCCAGGCCCGUAAUCUGCCAUGGGCCCCCGUACCGACUCCUCAUGCUGCUGCCAGGCCCGUAAUCUGUCAUGGGCCCCUGUACCACCUCCUCAUGCUGCUGCCAGGUCCAGAGUGUGUCAUGGGUCCCUGUACGGCCUCCCAUUGCUGCUGUCUCCAUCGCCACACUCUGCCAUGUGCCACUUUCAGGUCUCCUCACACUGCUGGUGGGUUCCAUUUUGUCAUAGGGUGCUGUAUGGCCUCCCAUUGCUGCUGCCUCCACCGCCACACUGUGGCUCCACACUCUGGUUUUGGCCCCGUGACUGCCCAAAUGAGUGAAGUGUGCGGUGAUUCUAAGAUCGACGGCACUCAUCUGCAUGUCAUACUGACUGACAGUAUUAUUUCUCUUCCCCAGCAGACUCCAAGGGCAUUUAAAUUAAAGGUACAGUGUUCUGCACUAAUAUAA